ACGGAGGAAGAGCAAAAGUGAGACAGCCAAUUAGGUGAAAGCUAACUCUCCGCUGGGGUGACUGAGAACACCGCCCUGGGUUCGCGACCGAAAACAGUAGGGGGGCAGGCUUCAUGCCGGAAGUACUAGCCGGUUGUUGUUUCGGUGGGCUGCCUGGCUGAUGGGAGACAGGGGAGCAAGUGGAGGCGAGGAACCGGAUCGAGGGUUAGGGAUUCGAAGGCAGUUCGGCGCUGGGACUCAGCGGCUAUCAUCCAGUUAAAUCAUGGGUUCGACCGAGCAGUGGGCAGAAUGGUUCCUAAGCCACCGGGUACCCCCCGCCGGCGUGUUUGGUGUGGCCUCCCUUGCCCGAGUCGCCCUGGUGUUCUACGGAGUCUUCCAGGACCGGACUUUGUGCGUAAGGUACACAGACACCGACUACCACGUUUUCACCGACGCCGCGCGUUUCGUCACGGAGGGACACUCGCCUUAUCUGAGGGCGACCUACCGUUACACGCCACUGCUUGCUUGGCUCCUCGUUCCCAACAUCUACGUCAGCGACCUCUUUGGAAAGUUUCUGUUUAUCAGCUGUGAUCUCCUCACGGCUUUCCUCUUAUACCGCCUGCUGCUGCUUAAGGGGUUGGGCCGCCGCCAUGCCUGCGGUUACUGUGUCUUUUGGCUUCUUAAUCCCUUGCCUAUGGUGGUAUCCAGCCGAGGCAAUGCGGACUCGAUCGUCGCCUCUUUGGUGCUUAUGGCCCUGUACCUAAUAGAGAAAAGACUCGUCGCGUGUGCCGCUGUAUUCUAUGGUUUUGCAGUGCAUAUGAAGAUAUAUCCGCUGACAUAUAUCCUUCCCAUAGCCCUCCACUUGCUUCCCGAACGCGACGACAGAAGCCUCUGCCAAUCCCGGUAUUCCUUGCAGGCUCGUUUUCUCCAAUUCCUGCGGAGGUUGUGUGAUCGGGCUGUGGUGCUCUAUGUAGUAGUUGCUGGACUCACAAUUUUUGCCCUGAGUUUCGGUUUUUACUAUAAAUAUGGUUGGGAAUUUUUUGAGCACACCUACCUUUAUCAUCUGACUAGGAGAGAUAUACGCCACAACUUUUCUCCAUACUUCUACAUGUUGUAUUUGACCGCAGAAAGCAAGUGGAGUUUUUCCCUGGGAAUUGCUGCAUUCCUACCACAGUUCAUCUUGCUUUCAGCAGUGUCUUUCGCAUAUUACAGAGACCUUGUCUUUUGUUGUUUUCUUCAUACGUCUAUUUUUGUGACUUUCAACAAAGUCUGCACCUCCCAGUACUUUCUUUGGUACCUCUGCCUACUGCCCCUUGUGAUGCCACUAGUGAGAAUGCCUUGGAAAAGAGCUGUAGUUCUCCUAAUGCUGUGGUUCAUAGGGCAGGCCUUAUGGCUGGCUCCUGCAUAUCUUCUUGAGUUUCAAGGAAGGAACACCUUUUUGUUUAUAUGGUUAGCUGGUUUGUUCUUCCUGCUUAUCAACUGUUCCAUCCUAAUUCAAGUUAUUUCCCAUUACAAGGAGAAACCCCUGACAAAGAGACUCAAAUAUGACUAAUAUCUGCCAUUUCUAUUACAUUAUGAUUGUUCUGAAUGGACCAGAAGAGAGCUAUGGAAAAAUUUUGAACAUCCUAAGCACUCUAGUGAAUGUUCAAUUUGGAGCAUAAUACCCUGAUUCCACAAAUUAAAAUUAAUGUCUACCUUAUAUAUCAAGGAGACUCAGUAUUAAGGUCCACCCUUUAGGAAAUGGGAGGGAUGUUUGAAAAUGGAAGGGCUGAUGAAACUAUUGGAUAUUAAAAUGUUUUUGUAGAAAAAUACAGAAAUACAGUUAGGGACAUAAGGUCUAAGUAUUUGGGUUAUACUGUGUUACUGUCAGAAGCAGUCUUAUCUUUUAACCCCCACUUUUUCUUUCUCAAAUUUUCCUGAUAGCCAUGGAAACUCUCAAACUGUUCCUAAAGCACAGCUUUUAGAUAUAAAGUGUUAACUAAUAAGACUGUAUGUGUUUAGGUUAGGAAAAUUAGUUCAGUAUUAAAAGUGGAGGCUUAAAAGAUAAAGAAUUCAAAGUAUUUAAAUUGUAAUCAUGUUUUAUGUAUUUGUUUUAUAACUUAGUCUUUCAGCACUUAGUCCCAGUGGUAUUUAGAUUACCAGUUUUAGUUUUAUACAAAAGGGAUUAAAUUUAAAUUUAUUUAUUUAACCUUGAGUUGUUACAUAUUUUAAAAUAGCAUCUUGCUUUUGAUGUUUGAGGUCUGCAAACUAUUAGGACAUUUUAGUGUUCUCUUAUACCUCUUUGUUUUUAAUUCUGAUUUUUAAAACAUAUCUUUCAUCUAGAAUUGAAGUUAAUCAGGUGUUAUCUGUUGUAAAAAUGAAUAUUAAUAUAUUUUAGGUGAUAAAAACUAAAAUUGUUAGUAUGGCAUUUUCCAGCUUAAAAGUACCCCACUUACGAAAAUACCAUGAUAGAAAUGGAGACCUGUAUGAGAGGCUCCUGGAAAGCAUAUGAAGCAUCCUAAGUAUCUAUUAGUCUUUUAGAUCAGGAAAUACAUGGAGAAAUUGUGAAAAUGAGGCUUUGUAGAUCCAUUUCCCUUAUUACUAUAAUAUUUCUGAGAAAAAAUGCUUUCUGAGUUUAAACCAAGCACCCUAAAAUUUUUUUUUAACAUAGCCUAUUAGGUUGGGGAUUUCCUAACACUAACCUACAAUAGUAAUAUAUGAGUUUGAUUUUAUGAUUGUAAUUUUAAAAGAUGAAUAAUUUAACAACAUUGCUCUUCCAUGGUAAAACAAAUGAAUAAACAUCCUCCAAAGAAGUAGUAUAUUUCAUGUCAGGUCAGACCUAAAAAAGCCUUUGAGAAGCUGUGUGUAUGUGGUCAUAAUUAAGAAUGCUAUUACUGGCAGUAUUUUGAUGGACAUCUUCUUGGGACCUGCCAUUAGAAAAAAGGGAAGAAUAGAUGGCUUUGCAUGGGUUGCUGUUUUUGUGAAAAUAGAAGAGACAAUUGAGGACUGUGACCUUAUAAUAUCUAAUCUUCUAUCCUGCGUUAAGUAUUAUCUCUUAGUUUAUAACUGUUCACUAGUGGCCUUUCAGCCUUGCCAUUCUUCUCUUUCAUUUUUUUUAAUAAUAGGAAUUAAAAAAAUUUUUGGUAGGAAAAGGGGUGGGUAACAGAGUUCUUACAUCCCUAUAUAAUUGUCUUUUUUGUAUUCUUGACUUCCUGACUUUUUUUUAAAUAGUCAUAAAUAUAUUUACUCAUUAAUUUUUUUUACUUCAACAUUUUUUAUUGUGGCUUACUCUUCAUACUUAUGUUGAAAUUACAAGGAAGUUUACCUUGUGUGUCAUACUUCUAUUACAUCUGUAGAUUGCUAUUAAUUUUUAAUAUUCUAAAUAAUACUUGAAACAUUUUUCAUGUUUUAGAUCAUUCUCUUGACAUUCUUAGAAGUCAGUGGAGUUCUGUUGGGAUCUUUGGAGGGAACUUCAAUUCCAGAUCCUGCCCUGCAGGAAAUUCUCUACCAAAGAACUAUAGGUGUUUCUUAAAAGGUACAAAGUUUUUAUGCUGCAAAGCUUAUAUGGUACAAAAAUGUAGUAAAUUAACUUGAGAUUAUUUUAUUUGGUUUCUUGGGUUUUUUAAUUUUUGUUUUCUGGUUCUGUAAAAUCUUUUUUUUUUUUUUAUCUUUUUUUACUUGCAAUUUUUUUUUUCUUUAAUGGUCUUCAAUCACACCUAAAAUUGUAUAUAGCACUUUGGUUUUUUUCCUACACAAUUCUUUUUGUUUUUAUACCACCCCUGAAGAUAAGUGUACUCAUUUACAGAUAAGCAUUAAUUAUUAUCAUACGGGGAUUGAUUCUUAAGAUAGUCUGUGUUCAAAGCAGAGGUAACUAUGUAACUUAUUCCUUAGUUGCCUUAAUGUCUUCUGGAUGUGAUCCCUCAAUAUACCUAGAUAAAUUCCUUGGAUUAGGUCCAUUGGAAAGGCAGUACUACUCCCUAUCCCCACACAAAUAAAUUUCUUUCUUAAAAUCAUGGAUUUUAGUUAAUAAUGACUUCUCAACAUCUGACUGAAUGACUGUAAGUGACUUAACAUUGUUUUAAAAGUCUUGUAGGACUUGUCUUUUAGUUAAUUGACUUUAGCUUAGUAUGGGAUAUAUUGUUAUUUCCCCAUCAGCUUUUUCUGCAUUUCAACCAUCUGUAUGAUGAGUUGAAAAAAGGAAAAGAUGGAAAAUUUCACCUGGGAUAGUACCUAAAUGCAACUAUUCCCUGCUCCCUAUACUUUUUUAUGAACUUUUUUUUUAGAUUUUGUUUAUUUAUUUUUAGAUAAGGAAAGGAAGGGAGAAAGAGGAGAGAAACAUCAAUGUGUAGGUGCCUUUCAAUUCCGCCCUACUGGAGACUUGGCCUGCAACCCAGGGAUGUGCCAUGAUUGGGAAUUGAACCAGUUACCCUUUGGUUCACCGGCCAUGCUCACUCCACUGAGCUACACCAGCCAGGGCUAUUCCUUCUAAUCUCGAUCUAGUUUAUUGAAAAGAUAGUAGUUAUACAUGAAAAUGUAUGUACAGAAAAUGUCUAGUUCUGGUUUAACAAUUUUGUAUUUGUGUAUUCCUGUCAUAUGUUAGCUUACUCUAAUGAGUGGAGGCUUGGCUCAUGUGCCUAAAUUAUACAGCAUUUCUGUUCUCCCUUGUAUUGAGUGGUUGUUCAAGGAUUGAUGCUCUGUUGAUAAAAGGCAUGUAUCUUCUGCUUGGAUCAAAAUUAUCAGAGUAGCAGAAGCAUUUAUUCAGCGCUGACCCAGGAGAACCAUUCAUUUAGUCAAAAGAAGCAUUCAUAUUUAUUAUCCUGAACAAAAGCUAUACUAAAUAGGAAUAUUUCUAGCUGCUCACUUUGCUAAUUUUUGGUUGGCCAAAAGUCCUAUGAUUUUUUUCCAUAAAACAAAAGGCACAUUUUUCAUUUUUCAAAUUGAUUUGGAUAUUUUGAGUUUGUUGGCUGUCUUCCGCGUGGUACAACAUUGAUUGUUCUCAAUGUCUCAGUUUGAUCGCUGUGAACUUCAACUGGUCUACCCAACCAUGGAACAUCAUCCAGCAAGAAAUUUUCAGCACAAAACUUCGCAAAUCACUUUUGACAUAUUCCAUUAGUCACAGCACCUUCUCCACACUUGCACAAAUCUUUUUUCGCAUUUCAGUUGCAUUUUCACCUUUAUUGAACUAAUAAAGCAUAUUAUGACAAAAAUGUUGCUAAUUUUCUUCCAUCUUCAAAAUUAAAAUGGCUACACAAAAUUUCACCAAUUUUGAUGUUUUUUUAAAAAAUGUGUGCUGAUAUGACAUCUGUCACAAUCUAACAAAAAUUGUUUUGAAUGAGGUAAACAACAACUAAAUGCUACUAGUAGAGCCAUCUUAAGGAAAAAAUCAAAUGAACUUUUUGGCCAACCCAAUAUGUAUGCUAUAUAAAAUGAAAUGACACUUACAGUGACUAUUUAAGAGUAUGAAUAUUCGAAGCUCAGUUCAUUUUACAAAGGAAAUUUUCAACCUCUGCUGUCCAUUCUUUUGGCAAUUGUUUAUAGAUCCAGACCCAUGUCAGGUCUGGUAAUAGAUGAGUAAGACAAUGUGCUCUUGAAUUAACACUAAGAAACAUACCUUAUUAGUAAAAUGCUACAUGAGACCCUAUUCCACAACAAUUCUGUGAUUUGUAAAAUGGGAAAGUAGAGGAUAAUACUCUUCCUAAUUUACAGGUCAGAAGAUUGAGGCUCAGAAAUAGGUGACUUUCUAAGGGCAAACAUUUUGUUAAUGGCAAGACUAGGUCUUUUAAUACUACUGUGUUUUGCAAGUCCUUAGUUCCAUAUGAUGACAGGUGAUUUCUGUGACAAAUGUUUAUUUACCAAAUGCCAUUUAGGCAGGUACCUAGCAAAAGGCUCUAUCUUCUAUAUGCCAGGCAUUAUUCUAUGUAUUGUGGAUACAGCUAUGAGGCACUCUCUCUUCAUGGAGCUUUCAUAGAAGGCAAACGAGGAAAUGCAUGAUUGUGAUGAUUGUCAUAAAGAAAAAGUAAGGCAAACUAAGGAAGUAGAAAGUGAUGGCAGUGAGGAGAGGAGCAGAUGCAGUUUUAGAUAAAGUACUUAGAGAAGGCAUCUUGAGGUGGCAUUUGAGCAGAGACCUGAAAGAAGUAAAGGUAAUCAUACAGCUACCUGGGAAAAGUGUAUAUCUUGCUGAGUAAAUAGUGCAAAGACACAGAGAAGAAUGAGCUUGGCAUGUUUAAUGUACAGCAAAAAGGUGAGUAUAACUGAGUGGAGUGAGUAAGGAGCAAACUGUAAUUUACAGUAUCUAGUGAAACAACAUGAAUGCUCAUUGAAAAAUACAAUUUACAUUAGCAUUUUACCAGCCUAUAAUAAUAAUAACUCUGGGCUCAACCUAUUUCUUUUCCUGAGUUUUGAGCACAGGUUAGUUUGUAAGGAAGAUGAAAUAUAUAUAAACAUACUUGAGCAGUGCUACAAAGUACUUUUACAUAUUAUUUUCAGACAUGAAAAUUUUUUAAAAUUCUGUUUUUAUAGGUGAGGACCCUAACUAAGGCUCAGAAUAUAUGCAUUUUGUCCAAGGUCAGAGUUUACUAACUCUGGUCCAAAUGAUGGUAUGGACCCUAGAAGGUAACAUAUUCAGGAAAUUUUUUUUCACUAGACAGAUCAUUUAGCAAACAUUAAGAGCCUAAUUUGUGCCAGACACUAAGACAGGUGAUAAGGAUGAUUAUGUCAAUAGUCCUGGCUUCAAGGGAUUUACAAUAUUUGAUAGAGGAUACCAAUGGAAAGAUGACAACUCAAUGUGACAAUGGUUAGAGCAAAGUGCAUAUGAAGUAGUUGGGAGAACACUAAUCCAUCAACUGGCCCAGCCUAGCACGGAAUUUGGUACAUAAUUAGUGUUAAUGAAGGAAACAUCUUAGACCAAGGUGGAUCUAAUGCCUGUAAAUGCCCCCAGGUUAAGAAUUCAAAACCUAAGGAUAACCAAUUACCAACAGCCAAAUUGGCUUUCCCAAAUAAUACAACAGCUUAACUUACAGUCAAUAAGUUUCUUGCUUUGCUUCCUCCUCUUCUCUAUAGGAGACUUUCCCCUAGUUCCUGUGGUUGGAGCACAGCUAAACACUUCCAGUUUCACUUUCUCAAGUCAGAUCAAAUAAAAUUUUGUUCAAAUAAACUCUUAAAAAAUUAAAUAUGCCUCACUAUGUAC